ACAACACCGGCAGCACCAGCACCACCACCACCACCAGCAGCAGCGGCAGCAGCGGCAGCAGUGGCGGCGGCGGUGUGCCCGGCUGGAGCCGAAACCAGCCUGCAGCAGCAGCAGCAGCAGCGGCAGCACACGGUCUCCUGGGUCAUUAACCUGUCGCAUGUGGGAUAAGCGAAGACAGAGGGAUAUCGGUUCAUGCGGGAAUCGGAAAGAGAAGCUCCGAUACAGUUGUGUUGUUAUUAUUUUUAUUUAUUUAAUUUUUUGGAGACCUUUUGUGUUGCCAGGGAAGAGAAAGUCACAGCAGCCAUGAGAGCUCAUCCCAUGUCUGCCAGAUCCUUCCAAAGCCACUUCUGACCAAACCUGAUUUAGUAAACCAAAGAUGUCAGCGUGCAGUGACUUUGCAGAACACGUGUGGAAACCCGGCUCUUGUAAGAACUGCUUCCACCCGCUUAGUGCACACAAGACUGUCGGCGGCCUGGAUGGCAGCCUGCCAGCCGCUUGUUUGAAGAGCAGCCUGGGAGGCGAUGAAGAAGCUGGAGUAACAACGCCCUCACCCUACAGCAAGCCUACCAUCGCUGUCAAACCCACUAUGAUGAGCCUUGACACCAACGAGUCGACUGAUGUCAACAUGAACAUAGAGCAGGAGAACACGAAGAGCCCAGUUGAGCAUUUGGGCCUGAAGAAGCUCUUGGACCUGUCAUCUCUUUUUAUUGAUAGCAAUGGCUGCAACAAGUCCCAUAGAGAUGGGGUUCUUCAGAGCCCUGAAACCAAGAUGGACUACAACAACUCCUUUUCUUUUGCCCCUUUGUCCCCCAAUAUCCUGCCCAAAGACUCCAUGAUUAUUGGCAAUAUCUUUGUCACCCAAGAGGAGGGUAGAGGUUCUCCGAGUUUAAAGAAAAAUGCCAAUGUAGACACCCGAAGGCAGCAGAGUAGUACAACUUCGAUUAGAACCAAGAGCACUUAUAAUGGAAGUGGCAUGACUACCAAGGCAAAUUAUCAGGAAGCCCAUCAGGUAUCUGUGGACAUACCUUCAUCAAUGGAUAUUGUCCCUUCCAGUCCUGCCACAGUUCGUAACAAUGGUACAAGCAGUGCUACUGUUACCACUAAGACUUCCAGCACUUCUACCACUUUCCCCACCACAAACUUAAAUGUGGAAACCCCUAGACAGAGCCCUCCUCCAGCCCUCCACUCUGUUCCCGUCCUGUCAAAACAGCCCAGCCUAUCGGACUCCUCUUGUUCUUAUCGUAGUAGUACAGAUUCACUUCCUGGGGCAGAGGGGUCAGGAGGAAGACUACUCAGGUCAGGGAGCCCUCAAACUCCACCAUUCAUGGGUAGCCCACAGUCAGCUCCCAACUCUCCCAGUGGACAGCAAGACUCAGAACCCAUUUAUGCAGAGAGCACCAAGAAAAAGCACAAGCUGCAAGGAAAUGGACUGCAGUCCCACCCUGAGUCCCCAAACCAGAGUAAGAACUCGUCCUGCUCUGAGCUUGAGCUUUCAGGAGAGAGUCAACGGGCCACCAUCACUGUAAUGGCUGCUCACACAGAGGAGAACAACAGGACUUUCUACCUGAGCAGCCCAGAUUCAGCCGUCAGCACACAGUGCCACUUCAGCCCCACAGCACGUAAAGAUCCCAGCAGCCCAGCCUUCCGCUGGCCCAGUCCCAGCCUCAGUGCACCCUCUUUGGCCACGGAAGCCAGCCUCACCCCCACUCUCCACCCCAAGCCUCAGUCUAGCCCACCUAUUCCCCCAAAGAGGAACAACCGCUCCCCCAAACUGGGCACUUCUAGCCUCUCAUCAUCCAUGUCUUCUCCAGUCCCUCUUCCUGAACUCCCCAAACUCGGCACCUCCAGCCUAUCACCGUCCAUCUCAUCUCCCGUCCCUCUCCCUGAACUCCCCAUGCUUUUCCUUGUCUCUGCUAGAGAGGGCCACUUCAAGGUCCAUACAGAGCAACACAGUGCAGCAUCCGAACGCUGGCACAAGCCCCACCACCACAGUUCUGGCUGGAACUGCUGCAUUGAGGAGGAAGAGGAGGAUGAAGAGAGAGAGCGGAAAGAGGGGGAGAAGAAGAAGCUGGCUGCUAAUCUGGGGACAACCUCUCGGGUGACAGGCCUGGUCAAUGAUGCUGCUGUCUGGAAGGAGGCCAGGGACUGGAAGGCCCACAACAGCCCCCCUCCGAUGACAGAGCCAGGCACGGCCCCCCCGGCUGCCCCCAACAAUGGUGCCUGUCAGGGGGAGACUGAGGGCACCGGUGCAGAGGAGGAAGGCAAGCAUAACGGGAGCAUGCCGGCCAAGCAACCGUUGCAUGGCAGCUCAUCAGAGCUGCCGGCAGCAGGGAAGGGAACUGCCAACAAUGGGGCCAAUCCACCACCUCCCCCACCUAAGAAACUGCACAGAGUGUCCAGCAAGACGAGUGGCAGCAACAUGGAGCUGGAUCGCUGCAGCCAGCAAGGGUCAGCAGAAAGCGCUACUUCGUCUCUGUGGGGCCUGGGCAGUGCCAGCCUACCCACCGCCUCUACUGACAACCUGACUGCUGACACUGAUUCUCGGGAUGCUACACAGAUGUCUUGUUCCUCUCCAUUUCCCAGAAGUCCAGUGGCCUCAGCUCCGGGGUCUCCUCGCCCACCCUUCCUCAGCAGCUUAAGUAACCAGCCACCGCCACUCCCAGAGAAGAAAAUGGUCAACCGCACGGUGUCAGCUCCCGACAGCACGAACGGAAGACCCUUCGUCCGAGCCUACCCACGUCUCCCGUUCACUGGCUCAGAGAGCAAUGUGUGUCGACCUGCGGAUGUUAGCUCCCGCUCCAGUUUACCGUCCAGCCCUGUUGACCCACGGCCCAUUUUCUCCUCCAAUGAGUCUCUGGAGCGUUUUCAUGCCCAGCAAGGUCGACCCUCGAGGUCCCGGACACUGGAUGAGCCACUGAAGACUCACGGCCGUCUGGGCGUCCACUGUCGAAGUAGUGUCACCUGCUCCUCUUCUCCUCAGCUCAGCGUGCCCUUCUCCGCCUCGGAGCCGGGUCCUGCACCAAAUUUGGGCUCCAGCCUGCAGCUCCAGACCCUCCUGAGUAACAUUGACAGUAGAGAGGGAGUGUAUUCCAAACUGGGGGGCCUGUAUGCAGAGUCGCUACGGCGCUUGGCUCUGAAAUGUGAGGAUCACUUCACCCGCUCCCAGAAGAACCCGCUGAGGUUUGAGGAGAGCAACUGGUCUCUGUUCAGGCUCACGUCUAACAAGCCAAGCUGCAACGCAGGAGAUGCUGUGUACUACUCUGCUGCCUGCGCCUCAGACCCCAGCAACUCCUACGCUGUAAAGAUCUGUAAGAGUCCAUCCAUGGAGGCCAAACAGGGCCAUUUCUAUGGUCUGUCAGUGCAGCAGAGCAUCCCUCCCCACUUCAACCUGCAGCAGGACUGUGGACACUUUCUUGCGUGUGUCCCCCAGAGCAUGUUGCCGACCGACGAAGUAUCUCUGCGCGCUGCGCCUGCUUCAUCGCUGCCUCAGCCCUCCACGUCCGCACCGAGCCAACAGUCAGACCGAGAGCGGGUGGUGGUCAUCACCCCUGAGAUCCCCCAGCAGACAGCAGCUGACUUUGUUCGGGAGUGGGAUGCAUUCCAUAAAUCUCAGCCAGAGGUCUACGAGCGCCGCGUCUGCUUUCUCCUCCUGCAGCUCUGCAACGGCCUGGAGCACUUGAAGGAGCACGGAGUCACGCACCGCGACCUCUGCUUAGAAAACUUGUUGCUGGUGCCUCACCAUCGCAGGCCCUCCCAGUUCCCCCAGCAGACCAACAAUGACAACAGCACCAGUAAUGGUUCAAGUGGUGUAGACAAUCAGCGCCACCUUCCCCGGCUCCUCAUCAGCAACUUUGCCAAGGCCAAACGGCGCUCCUCCGAGGACACUGCCUCGACCAGCGUGGACCCUCGCACCAAGCGUGACCACGCCAGGCUAGCGCCAGAGAUUGUCUCAGCAGCCCAGUACCGCAAAUUUGACGAGUUCCAGACAGGCAUCUUGAUCUAUGAGCUCCUCCACCAACCCAACCCAUUUGAGGUGAGUCCAGCACUUAAGGAACAAGACUACCGCUGCGAGGAACUGCCUCCCAUCCCCUCUGUUUCCCUUUACUCAACUGGCCUCCAGAGGCUGGCCCAGCUCCUGCUCCAACCUGACCCCAUCAAACGAAUCCAUAUCCAGGAGGCCAAGCGCAUACUGCAGAGCCUGCUCUGGGGCCCCAGGAAGGACCUGAUAGAGCAUCAGCUGGAGAGACACGGACCGGGAGGAGGCUUUGUGGAUGGAUCCCGACACGAGGGCCUCCUCAACUGGCUGGAUGUGAAACGAGCGCUGCUGAUGAUGAAGUUCGCUGAGCGCUCACUGGAGCCUGAGAGGAACGCGGAGCUGGAGGACUGGUUGUGCUGCCAGUACUUUUCCUCGGCUCACCCGCUGUCUCUCUGCCAUACUGCUGAACUGCUCUACUCACUAAAGUAACGGCUCACUUUAGAGUUAAACGUGUGUGUAAGUGGAGCCAAAGUUACGCGUGAAUUUGUGAAAGUGUGUAUGAGAAAGACCAUUAAUGUUAGAGUUAAUGUUUAGACACUAUGGAUGGGUCGGCGUGAUCCUUUGGAGAUACUGUGAAACCUACCCACCUGCAUGCGCUACUGCUACAUGCACGAGAGCCAUGCAUCGACCGAGCCGUCCACUCUGAACCUUUUUUUUUUUUUUUUUCCACAAACAGUAUCAUGCCACAGAUCGUCAACUUGACAAAGAAACUAAAACCCAGCCAUACAGUCAUAGACAUGUGGACAAAAUCACUAAAACGUUCAUAUACAGACAAGAAUCGCUUUGUGCCAGCGACGCUGUUCAACACAUCGGUUAAAAAAGGAGGAAUAAGGACAGUGUUCAUAAUUCUAUAAUACACUUACCAAAGUUUCAUAUCUGACAACUGUAUUUUGUGUAUUUAUUAAAUAUCAAUUGAGACUUUUUACCAUUGAGAACAGGCUAAUAAUUCAUAGCCUUAUUCUUUGCAAAGUAAUGCUGUGUCUUCGCCCACUAAAUGUGCAGUUAACUCUUAAUUUGCCUGAUAUCUUGAUUGGGGAGGAAAAAAAAAAAAAAGGUCACUAGAAGACUUACACUUUUGUACCUUUUCCGUCAUACAUUUAUUCAUGGGCACAUAGCGCUGUACUGUGUGACCGACACAAACUUUUCUUUCACCCAGUCCGCAGAACAAGGCCUGUUCCUCCGCGGCCACUGGUCUACUAGUUGGAAUGAUCGAGGCAGCCUUCCUUAAAUGUGUGUUAUCUCAGGCCCCGUUAGACAGCACUGCAUCGUGAAAAGAUGGAUUAAUGAUAAUCCCUGCUGUCUAACACAGCUAAAUAUGAAUUGGAUCAACAGAAGAAUUUUCAGAGACUGCUUCCACUGAAUGGACGAUGCCCGGUUUUUCCUCUUGCUCACUUUUAGUAUAUAUUUAAGUGUUUUGACAUUUGUCACAGUGCCUUUUGUUCUUUGUAUAUGUUACAGUGACUCGGAAGCCAAAUGUAAAUAUUACUGAUCAUUUGUCCUUGGUGAAACUGGCCUUUCACAGAAUGUUCUAGAAACAACUUUUGUACAGUUAUUUGUAGAUGAUAUUAGAAAAAAAAAAAUGAGCCCAAGCAGGUCUUAAAAAGCCAUGAAUAUGAGCAGCAGUUAAAAGAUAUUUAUGAUAUAAUUUGUUAUCCUGUUGUAGUCACUGGAAUUUCUGCAUUUAUUUUCACAUGUGGCUUAUCUAGUUAUGUUUUUUUUUUUUUUUGGCACAGCAGCAGCUGAUUUUUUUUGUUUUGUUUUGUUUGUUUUUUUUCCUCCUGUGAGCUUUUCAUCUCCAAACAAAGAAUUGUUCCUAAUAAAGUCCAGAGUGACAAGAAUUUAACCGCCUGCAUGCAGGUUGAUGUCCAUGACUGAUGUUUCUAAUGUUGGAAGAGAAAAAAGCAUGAUCUGAUCUCACAACUAAUAGAUUAUUGAUUUGAAUUAUUUUGUGUGUGCCUCACUUAUUUGCAUCUAUCAAUAAACU